GUGCAGUCGCCGGCGUACACUGCCAUCGCGAGCAUUCCGUUGACGUGAGUUGUAACAUUUAUGUGUAACACAGAAUAUCAUAAUCCUGAAAAAAAAUAUCGAGAAAUACCGUGCGGAUAUUGCGUAUCAAUAAGAAAACACAAGGUGCAAUAUCGAAAAAGAUGAUAAGAUAUAGAAAAAUGUGAUAAUAAUUAGUACAAUAAAAAUAUAUGCCUAAAAACUAAAAAUCAAUUUGUGAGUGUAAAAAUCAAACGGAAUAUCAAGUUAUAACGAAAUUAAAUAAAAAAUUCGAGAGCUAUUGUGAAUAUUACGUGCUGAUGAGAAAAUUUCCAGGUCAAUUCGUUGAAAAUCGAAUGACAGCGGUUUCGUCGAUGUCUCGCCUUAAACAGACGAGGAUGAAGCGACAGGCAUAAGUGAUAGACAAUGUCAAGGGGAUUUAACGAUGAUUACGCGGGAUACGCCUCGAUGAUGUUCACCUGAGAAUGUACCCAUGUAUAAUCCCUGCCUACGAUUGCGCAACGAUUGAAUGGAUGAGAAAACAAUGAGAUCGUCAUCGUGAGCUAAACCUAGCCGGUAAGCCGGUUGUUGGGAUCGUGACGUGGCGGCCUUCGAGCAAUCGGGACGAUCGGUCGGUCGGACAAUCUCUGGUCUCUUCUCGCAAGAUCCGAAAAUGACAAUAAGUUGGCCGAUGGUGAUGAAACGUUUCGUACGAGGCUUGCGUCCGCCGUUGUCGCGAGGAUGACGAGGACAUGGACGAUAUGCGGCUUCACGGGGCUCCUCGUCCUCGUACCCGUUACCGUCUGCGCGACGAUCACCUACAUCAACGGCAAUGAAGAUUCGUCCCUGCGAUGCAACGAUCGCAGUAACAGUAAUCGGAGCAAUAAAACCUUCUCGCAGUGUAAAUACGAUGUCGACUGUAUUCCAAAUGCGUUUUGUCGGAAUCAACAGACCUGCUCAUGCAAGGACGAUCACAUCGAGUUUAGGAUUAACAAUAACUACAAAUGUCUGAGAGUGGCUAGUCACAUCGGCGAUCCUUGUGAAGAGGACAUUCAGUGUGAGUUCACGUUUACAUCGCAAUCGGAAUGUCGAGAAGGCACUUGUCAAUGUGCCCACGAUUCUCACUUCACGGACGGGAGGUGUUACGAGUCCAUUGGUUUGGGAAAACGUUGUCGCUCAAACCGUAAUUGUCACAUCAAGAAUACUUUUUGUGAAUACGGUUUCUGCUCUUGCGGUUUGCAUCAUCACGAGAAUUUUGACAAUACCAACUGUUUACCAAGUGCUAAGUUGGGCGAACACUGCAACGGCGAUGACGAAUGCUUUGUGCAGAAUUCAAAGUGUGUGCACAACAGAUGCGAUUGCGAAAUAGAUUAUGUGUUGGCCAAGGGCGAUCAGCGGUGUUUGAAAGCCGCUUCCUGGAUUGGUGAGAAAUGCGAGCAGCAAUCUCAAUGCCAACUGUUCUUGAAGCAUAGCCAGUGCGGCGUGAACAAGACGUGUGAUUGCGUCGCCGAUUCCCAUAAACGUGGUCAUCGAUGUUUCGUCGACGUAGAACUUGGCGGGCGUUGCGAAACUCACCACCAUUGCAUCACGACAACUUUAAAAGAUUCUAAUUUGACUUCGAAAUCAAAAGUGGAUUGUAUUAACGGCUUCUGCAUUUGUACCGAAGGCUAUACAUUGAUGGAGGAGCUGCAGGAUUGUGUUCAAUUUAGUGAUAAUGGUGCAACGAGAUGUCAAAUAUAUAGAAUACUUUUUAUCAUCGUUAUUGCAGGAUUUCUUGUGCAUUAAAGAUGGUGGAUAACAAUACUUCAGUCUUAGCAUGGG